AUGACUUUUAUGGGCUCGAUGAAGAACUCCCUCCUCUCCAGAACGACUGAAAACAAUAUAUCAUUGGCAAUUCUAAAAUUCGAUUUCUCCCUCUUCAAAGUCGAGGCUCCUGUCGAAUUCGAACCCCUGGGCUCGGCCCUGUCGUGUAGACGACGAGACGAAGCCGAAAACGGACCCCAGCAUCAAACAGCUCGACGGCUGGCUGCCCUCCAGCACGAGCCUGAAUCACACCAAUAUAACUGGAUGAACAGUGUUUUCAACCAGAGUCCGCCCACACCUCCGGACCUGCCACCGCUACCGAUUAAUGCAACGAAGAAGGCGUACUAUAAUGCUGGCGAGCGUGUAUACUAUGUGCCUCGGGGUGCAAGUGAAUGGCGCACUGGAGUAAUCAGUACCAAAAACUCAAGCACCAUCAUAUCCAUUGUCAUUGACGACGUACCCGGAAACGAGGAGGAUGUUCGCACGGAAUAUAUUCGAAAGCUAGCGUAA